GUGCAGAUCAUACCAUUUGAAUAUUCUCGAUACCUUGCAAAACUUCUCCUUUGAAAAAAAGAACAUAAUUAUUAUCAUUAGUAGUUUAGUACUAUGUCACACUCAAUCGUCACCAAUCAUUGAAUGUGUGGUGUUAAUUUAGAGACCUACACUUGUCCAAACUCAUGCAUAUACUUUACCCUAUAAAUAUACCUUAAUGUUGCACCCAAAAUGAAGAAACAACACUUCAAUUUUCCUACUCUUGCAAUAUCCACACUUUCCUAACCAAAAUGGUGAUGAAGCUUGGUGCAAGCAUUGUAAUUUGCAUAUGGCUACUCUUGGCUAUAUUGUCACCAGUCACUGAAUCAUCAUCAUCCAAUGAUGAUUCAAACCCUGCUGUUCUUGACACAGAUGGCAACCCAAUUCAAAGUGAUGCUGAGUACUAUGUUAGGCCAGCAAUCACUGAUGCUGGAGGCUAUUUAACAUUGAUUGAUAGAUUUGGUAAUGGGUCAUGCCCUUUAUAUGUUGGUCAACCAAAUGUUAUUGUGGACAAUAAAAUUUCCAUAAAGUUUACACCUUUCAUUGAAGGGGAAACUGUGAUCAGAGAGAACAGGGAUUUCAAGGCUGUUUUUCAGGCAUUGACUACAUGUGUUCAGUCAACGCAAUGGAAGGUUGGAGAGGUUGACCAAGAGAGUGGAAGAAGGUUGAUUGUGGCUGGUUAUGAUGAAGGGAUUGGGGGUUACUUCAGAAUUGAAAAGGGCAAUUUGGGUAUUUAUAAUUUUGCUUGGUGUCCCUUGGAUGUGUGUCCAAAUUGUAGGUUGAAUUGUUCACCUGUGGGUGCUUUCAUUAUUGAUGAGAAUAGGAACAGGUUGUUGGCUUUGGAUGGUAACACUCUUCCUGUGCAAUUUGAGAAGGCUAAUGAUGUGUCUUCUAUCUAGUUCUAGUAGGUGCCAAUUUGGUUUAUUAGUAAAUAAGCUCUAGUAAAUAGUAAUAAAAUCUUAUGUGGUUAUUCUAAAUAAGACAUCUUUACACGAAGAAGACGAUAGUUGAAUUGUUAAAUGGUUUGAUAUGUUUGAUUAAACAUAUUUAAAUGAAUCAUUUAACGAUUUAUAAUAUCAUCUAAAUUAAAUAAAUAAAAAAUUGUUAUGUAUUUGGUUGCUGAA